AUGUCUGAUUCAGGGAGUGUCAGUAGCCGGAGAGAAAUUGUGUUUUCGUACUCCCAAGGAAAACUUCUACGACCUAGGGACACGGUAAACAGAGUCCAGAGACGCAGACCUGUAGACAGCGAGGAGAGAGUAAUCGUAAAACGUCAGCUUGGUCACCCAUCAUACAGAACCAGAUAUUCCUCCGAUGCGGAAGUACCUAGGGAAAGAAGAGUGAUAAGGUCAAUUUCAAACCCGACAUAUACGUCACGACCGGUGAGAUAUGUGAUUCGCCGUCCUGCGCAGUCUCUAUCAAGCUCCUAUUCUUCAGAAACAGGAAGUUCUACAAUCACGCGCAGUGAGUCACCCAGCAGCUUCACGGAUACAUCGGAAACGUGCAGCACGUGCUCCAUAACAGACAGUGUAUCAUCACGUGACCAGCUAAGAUCCCCAACCAUUCGGCGACGUAUCAUAAGGCGUCGUCAAUCCCCCGAUUCUAUCGAAGGAUAUGAAGCCAGGCAGUUCCGUUCUAGAGAACCAGGGUCCUGGAGAAUUAUCCGAAGACAACCUGAGACUAAAUAUGUGGAAGAGAGGGCGCGCACUGCUGAACCAGAAUAUGCAGAAGUAAGAAGAAUAGUUGAACCAGAAUAUGCCGAAGUUAGAAAAGUAAGAGAAAUUGUUCGCCGAGCCCCGGUUCAGGAUCGUACUGUAAGUGAUGAUUCGGGUUCAACGGAUACCAGGUCAGAGAAAGUCCUCAUCGAGCGAGGGUUUCAAAAUCGCAUGCGUGAAUAUCAGUCCCAGCGUUCUCGUGAUGUCGCUACACAAAUGAUUACUCACUUCGUCCCACCACCAGAGGAACCUAGGGAGGAAAUAUUUACCAAUGAUGCUGUGACACAAACGGUGCCAGAACCCGGUCGUCCUCCAAAGCUCCCAAAAGACAGAUACAAAACUGCAGUCAUUCAAGCGGAAUCACCACAAAAACAACCCAACACUGACGAUGAAAUCGAAGUGGUCGUGAAGCAAGAUCCGCCACCGGUGCUUACAGAGGAAGUGGAGAGAAAACCGGAACCGCCUCUGGUUCAAGAGAUAGACCUCCGUCCCCCACCUCCAGCAUUGGUUCGACCCCAGAGUUUUGGUCCAAAGCGGAAAUACAUCCCUCCGCCUCCGCCGCCUCCGCCUCCGGACGUUGUUAUCCGCGUGGGUGGAGGGUGGAUGAAGGAAGAGCAUCACCGGAUACAACACCGCCCUCUACACCGAAAGUUUCAGCCAACAGCAGACCGGAUCCCGUUUAUUCGGUCACAGUUCCAUUAUAGUGCCUCCAAAACCCCUGUGGUGAGCAGGGAAAGGAAGCAGACAGACAAAAUCCGAUAUGCUUCUUUUAUUCCUUGA